GAAGAAGAAGAGAAGAAGACACUAAUUCUGCGUAGAAUUCAAAUGUUCCUAGCAUGAGUGAAUAAUCGAGUAUACGGUUGCCAGGACAACGUUGAUUUUAAUAAUGUACUUGCAAAUAAAGUUUUUUUAAUCGCAUUGCCCAGUCAUUCAAUGAUACGAUGUCAAGCACCGAGAACAUUCAACUUGGCAGAAUCUGUGUGGCUCUCCAGGCGGAGGAUAAGCGGCGAAGAAAAACAGCCUUGGAGGAACUCGAUGAACUGGUGUUUGGAAAGAAUGAACCGAUGAAUGUUGACGAGGUAGCAGAAGUAUGGGAAAUCGUGCAUCAUAAUAUUGUAAGAGCAUUGAACGACCAGGCUGAAGUAUGUCGCGACUUUUCCAUCGACUUGCUCAAGAAGUUCUUUGGGGUUCUAACUCCUUGUGACAAAAACAUAAUAUAUUUGAUACCGAUGGCAACUAGACGCCUGGGAUCGCAAGAGAUCGUCGAACCUUCGGAAGAAGUUAGACUCAAUUUUGUUACACUCAUGAGCAUGGUCAUUAAAAAGUACAAGGACUACCUACCGGCUUACUUGAGAGAUUUCAUCACGAUAUUAGCCAAAACGGUCACUGACAAUUAUCCAAGCGUUAAGAAAGAGAGCUGUAUAUGCAUAUCUGAACUUGCCAAAACUAUUCCAAACCCUUUUUACAAUCAUUCCGAGAGCUUGGUUAAACCUGUACUGACUAACUUUACGCAUCAACACUACAAAGUCAGAGUAGCCUCGGUCAACACAAUCGGUGACAUUGUUCAGUAUGGAAAUAACAAAAUGAUUGAGGAAGUCGCUACCCCAAUGGCGGAACGGCUUUUUGAUCAGAGCGGAGGGGUUCGAAUGGCUGUUAUUGAAGUCGCGGGGAAAUGGCUCCUGCACCUCAGAGACAGAUAUAGCUGGUGGCAUAAGUUGAUUCCGCUACUUUUGACCGGGCUUCAUGAUGAACUAGAAGUAAUUAGGAACACAGCGAAAAAACUAUGGGAAGCAGUCGGAGAGCAGUAUAUUACAGAGAACGACAAUGACGAGAAACUUAGGGAUAAAUUGGAUUAUCUUGGAAAAGACCCGGAGCAUUAUCCUUCAAAUAUUGUCAGGCCCAAUUUGGGAUGUCGGACCAUAACUCAGCAAAAUCUUUGCAAGCUUGUCGGUGGUAUUGGAGUCGAACUCGGAGACUGGAUGGCUGACAUAAGGGUUCGGUCAGCCCAACUACUUUGCGUUUUGGUUUUAAACGUAGAACAGGAUGUGACACAACAUAUAGAGAAGAUCUUACCAUCUAUGUAUCGAGCAUGCAAUGACGAGGAUAAGAGAGUGAUUGAAAAUGUCGAACUUGCUGCUGAAUACAUGGGAUACUUUGUGCCGCCGGAUGUAUAUUGUCAUUUAGUUCUACCUACACUGGAGGAGAACCCUACACCUGGUCACUUCAGAGUCUUCUCCGCAAUACUAAGAGGAAGUGAUCGCAAAUCGCUUAGUCCGAGGCUUGAAAUCAUUGGUGACUUUUUGCAACAACCUGCCAUCUGUCGGGGCAAGAAUUUUCAAUAUCAAAAGCAAAUUCUCCAAUGCUGCAAAUCACUUAUGUUUGUAUGCCAAGAGGACUGUCAACAAAUUUCACACGAUCUCUUUACUGUCAUAUUUACAGUACUGUCUCUGGCUGCUGAGGAAGAAAUUCGACAGGAGAGUUUCAAAUUGUUGGAAAAGUUGGCUGAAAUACAAGACUUACCAAAUGUGGAAGAACUGUACGAAUGCCAGCUGAGAUCAUUACUAAAACUUAUAGAAAGUAAUCCUGAAUCAUGGACGAUUUACAGUUCGGAAUUUUUGAUUCUGCAAGCCUGUUUGUUGUACACAGGUUUUGUAGCUUCACAGCAUAUAGAUCUCAUACUACCAAUGCUGAAACGGACAAUGGGUAAAGAAGCCGAUCCGGAAUUACGACUCAAGCAGUUUCUCCUUCUUUCCAACUAUCUAAUGCGAAGACAAGAGACUUUGAGAAAGACUGAGAAUCUGUCAGAUUUUAUAACGACAAUUCUCGAGGAGAUAAUCAUACCAAGCUUAGUCUGGUCAGCUGGGAGAACUUCCGAAGCUAUCCGUACAGCAGCUGUGUGUUGCCUUUGCACGGCAUUGGACGAAAAUCCGAAUUAUUCUGAGAACGGUACAUCUAAAUCUGGAGCUAACGAAUCGAUCAAAUUAAAAGAAAUGGAACAGAAUGAAAAUAGAUUCUCAAUAAUGGGUAUGCAUGAGAAAGAGAGUGAAUCGGAGUAUGAGAAAAUUAGGAAGAGGGAAGAGAAGUUUGUGAAAAAGAGUUUAGACAUAGGGACUAACAAGACCAUGAAUGAGCUGCAACUAUUCCCGGAUUCUGCAUUGUUUCUGAAAUUCUUUAAUAAUACUAUGCCUAUUUUGACCACCUUGGUAGACGACAACGCAAAGAAAACAAGACUUUAUUCUCUGCGAGCUAUUUGCCAAAUUAUGUCAAUUGGUGAGCAACUUUCUUGUUUGAACGACGAGCACGUUCAUCAGGUUUACCCGGUGGUAUUAAGAAGAUUAGACGAUGGCUGCGACGACGUACGAUUCGUGGCUGUCAGGACUCUGGGGCUUGUUUGGGCAGUUGCCCCAAAAGAAUAUGACAUCGUGUUCAGCAAAAGUCACAUUGACGCCUUGUAUACCAGCACAAUAGUCCACCUAGAUGACCCUGAUCCAAAAUUCCAAGAGAUUAUGCUCGAAACGAUGAAACCACUGGCCAAACUCCACCCUGAGCUCCUGGCUCAAAAGAUUCAAAGUUGCAAAGGAAAUUUCCGGAAUCAGAGGAGCUUGGCAGUGUUGCUAGAAUAUACAUACGAUCUGUUGUCGAGAAAGUCAUAACGGGUGUAAAUAGAAUUGCGAAACGAUUAUCUGAUUAAAAUAGCCUGUAACUUUCGAAUGUUCAUUCACAUUUCAAUAAUAGUAAAAGUUGAUAAAACAUU